CCUUUUUGAGCAUGAGAAAUCUUUGAUCAAUUUAUUUUUUUUAAAAGCAGAUAUUAAGAGUCACAGUACUGCCAACCCCCCAAAAUCCAACCCCAAAUCCUAAAAAAAAUCAUGAGAUUGGCUUAAAAAUAAUGAAUAGACAAAUAAAUUUGGGUUUCUGAUUAUUUGCUGUCUUUAGGGGGUCAUGAUUUCAAGCAUUUUUCCUCAACCACAAGACCUAGGAAUGCCUUCUUUCAUUUUUUUGUUUUUAAUGAAAACUGAGAUGCUCACAUGAUCCCAGGAGCUGGGGCUUUAAGAAAAACAGCUAAUAUCCUCAGAGCAGGGAAUCCAGAAGUCAGGUUUUCCCCAGUAAAACUUAGCUAGUGAUAUAAAGGAGGGAGGGUGUGGAGUGGAAUUGUAAUGAAUGGUCAACAGCUAGCAUCCUGCAACAUUUCAGCUUAGUAAAUGAUGUGAAUUUAACAAUCAUUGUAUGUACUUACCUCUCCUUUUCAAAAUUAAUUUCCUAUAGAGUUUUGAAGAACUUGGUUGAGGUCAGACAAGGUUACACUUUCAAAUCCAGGUAACCAGUGUUACGAUGUCUAAUCAGGAAUGUGAAAGUCCAGAGCCAGAAGAUGAGCAGGCUAAACCGGACAGCCCGUUCUUUGAUGAUGUAGAAAGACGUGAAUUACAUAGUGAGAGCCUGUCCAGGAAGGAAUCGCCCAGCACAUCAUUGCUCUGCCCCACUGCAGAUGGGCCCGUAGCUGCAUUGGACGGCAAGUCAUCCAAUUAUUUCACAGCCCUGGAUUCAAACAUUGAAAAUCUGCAGAGAAGAACGCAGCAGCUGAUUGAGAAGAUCAACGAGAACCGGAAGAAAGACCACACUGUCAUGAGCAAUUUCAGGGACAGUGUCAUGCUGAAGGUUUCGAGUUUGGCGGAGAAGCUGGAGGAAAUGAUGUUUCUCCUUUACGAUCGCCAUAACAAGCAAAUGCAGGAUAAGCUCCAAGAGCUCUCGGAGAUAAUGGAGAGGAUCAGCCAGAUCCAAACGGAGCUCAGACAAGUCUGCCACACUGUGGAGGCAGCUUAUAAAGACUUGUGCGUGCAGCCAGAGGUGUGAGAACACUAGGAAGAAGGGCCAGCUGGAAUCAAAAGCCCAAAUGAACCACUCAAACCAUUGUGUAGCUACUAUUCUGAUGCAAAAGGAAAAACAAGACUACAGGUCAGAUAAGGGCCUCUUUUUCUAUUCCUGUUGCAGUUUGUUUGAUUGUUAAAGUUAUUUUAAAAACUCCUGAACUUUCAAGCUCUGAUGGUAUCCUAAAGGGCAUGAGAGCCAGACAGGUUAAAAAACACACCUGGUAAGAUUCAGUCUUUAUAAAAGUGGGAAUAGGUGAGAUGUAAUUAAAGUCUACUGAAGAUACAAAAGGAUUAUGCAGUGGCCCUUGUCAAACUUCCGCACCCUGCUGCUUUCGAAAUGUCUUUCUUCCAGUGUGUCAGGGGGAGAUUGUUGUCGCUAACUGUCUCAUAGCGCUGUUUAUUGUAAAAGGCAUUUUAUAAAGAUCACAUGAAUUUUA